GAUGUGCAACCAAUUUAGCGGCUCUCUUCAACAUUUUAGUUAGAAAAUUCCUCUGUGUCACAUUCCUCAACUGGGCUCCGAAAGAGAAAUGCCCUUAAUCUGAAUCCCGUCUCCCCCCGCCUCCCAGCAGUAGAAUGGACGACGAUUUGGUGUCAGAGGAUGAUAUCUUGCUUCGCUCCGAAAAAGAAUUUCACGAUGCUGCCAGAAGAAACGACGUGGAAAAAAUGCAGGAGCUCAUUAGAAAAGGCGUGGACGUCAAAGCCAAAAACAAAGUCGGUAGGAAGGCCCUGCACUGGGCGGCAGGGAUGGGAAAUGAACAGGCCCUGCGCUUGCUGCUGGACCACGACACUGAAAUGGACUCCGAGGACGUCUUUGGCAUGAACGCCGUGCUGCUUUCAUCCUGGUUCGGUCACCACAAAAUCCUGCAGAUCUUAGUGGCUUCAGGGGCGAAGCUGAACUGCGAAAACAAGAACGGAUUAAACAUGCUGCAUUGUGCCGCACAGAGGGGUCACAUAGGUGUCAUGCAGUUCAUCAUGGAAGACCUGGAGGAUGUGAGGCUCGACAGAGUGGACAAGUCAGGUAAGACGGCCCUACACCUGGCUGUAGAGCAUGGGCAGCUUGAGGUGGUGGAAUACCUCAUUGGGUUUGGCUGUGCCCACGAUAUCAAGGACAAGGAGAUGAACACUCCAUUGCAUCUGGCGGCCAGGAACGGGAACAUAGAAGUUCUGCAGAAGAUCGUGGAGACUGGAGUGUCUCUGGACGAGAAAAAUGUUGACGGAUGGGCGGCCUUGCAUUUCUCUGCCGACGGAGGUCAUUCAGACUGCGUCCGGCUACUGCUGCAAUCCUGCAGUGAUGUCAAUGCACUCACACAUAGGAGUAUGAAUGCUCUCCAUUUUACAAGUCGACACGGUCAUGUAACGACAGCGAGACUAUUAAUAGAGGCCGGAAUCAACGCAGACUCCUUGGACAGUCAACAGACCACGCCUCUUCACAUUGCCGUGCUCAACAACCAUGUGGAAACAGUGAGGCUCCUGAUCGAUGCAGAAUGUGACCUGGAUGCUUGCGAUGGUAGGCAGCAGACCGCUUUGCAUAUAGCAGCGGAGUUCGGCCGACAAGACAUUGCCGAGAUGAUCCUUAUCGCAGGAGUCGACCUCAGACUCCUUGAUAAGCAAGGGAAGACAUCUUUGGAUGUUGCAGCAAGAGGAAACCACAUCAGUUUGGUGGACAUGAUAAUCAAAGCAGACAGAUUUUACAAAUGGGAAAAGGACAACCUGAACAGCGACUCGGACUCCUGGGCGGAGAGGAACGUGACCUUCAAGCAGGACCACCGAGUGGAGACCAGCCACAUCCGCUCAGUCUUGUGGAGGCUGGCCACCGAGUACCUGAAGCAGGGAGAGUGGAAGAAGCUGGCGGAGCAGUGGAAGCUGACAGAUGCACACGUCCGGGCUAUAGAGCAGCAGUGGACCGGUACAAAAAGCUACAAGGAACACGGACACCGAUUGCUGCUCAUCUGGUUACACGGUGUGACUGUGGCCGGGGAAAAUCCAAUCAAAGGCUUGUAUGAGGCCCUGGUGGCCGUCUCUAGGAGAGACCUCGCAGAAAGUAUCCGACAAAAAGCGAAUGCAGAUUCAGUUUCUCCGAAGAAAUGCACCACCAUGUAAAAGAGACUCCCCGAAAACCCGCAGGCUUCUCCACCAGUGUGGUGAAGCUCCGCAUGUGUUUUCAUCAACCGCAAUCGGAGCGGAUGCACUGAAGUUCGCACAGAGCACGUCCUUAAAAGCGGCACAAUUCCUUUGCCAACUUGUUUGCACAACUAUGGAGGGAGACGGAGUGAAUCUGACAGACGUGAUUCAGGCACGGAGGAAAUGCCUUUGGACGCACACUAUUCCCAAUCCCUGAAACAAACUUUGAGAGCACAAUGAGAGCAGCUAAAUACCAUUUUAUUUUCCUUUUACAUACAGAGACGUUUGUGUAUCUUCCCAAAUGGCGAACAUUUAGCCCCAGUCAAUUGGUGUAGUCCUGACACGGGACUCGUUACACAAAACUGGGAACAUAUUAGUCUCUAAUUAGCCAAAGUGAGAUGUUUUUUUUUUUUUUUGGAGAAAGCAGCACCAGCCACUCCUUGGAGUACGGGGGGGGGGGUGAAUUAAGGCUGUGUUCAAGGCCCCAGUGCAGAAAUCACUCUGCUGAACUGAAACCAGUGACCUUCUGAUCUUAGUCACGGGAGCCAAACCCAAUGAGCCACACGGCGUUUUACUCGCCGUCUUAAAUUGUCUUUUGUAUUUUCAAAGCUCAACAUGCAUCCUGCAUCGCAAACCCAAAAUCCAGUCCCGCGUGGUAUGUCAUCCCCAAGCCCUCGGGCUGGGGGGGGGGGGGGCGCAGUUACGGCAUUGCAGCCAAACACGCAACAGCCCACAAACACCUCAGGCACAGAGGCAGAAAUGCAAAAGCCGACGUUUGGCUUCACUGCCUGUGGGGCGAACGCUACAGACAGACAAAUUAUUCAUUACUCUGGCAUUCCAUUUGUUUUAUUUUUUUACUUGCAAUGUUGGAAUGAAGUACAUCUGUGAAAGCAGUCUUUUGUAAAAAGACAUCAAUGGCAGGGGAUUAAACACUAAAAACAAUUGUUUUACUUUAAAAUACAGAUUUUAAAUGCUGUAUUCUGUGUGCAAAAUCUCUUACGCAUCACAAAAUUUUUUGACUUAAGUGUACCUAAAUGGUAUUAUGUCAAAAUAAAACAUUUUAUACAUUUUGAA